AUGGGAAUGGUAGAUCGAUUGGAGUUCAUGAAAUAUAUGUCUGCUACCAAGUUCGGUGUGCUGUCUGCCGGCGACCAGUUUCACGCAGUGGAGGGAGUCAUGGACUUCUUUACCAGAAAAGAUCUGGCUGGACGUGGAACCUGGCUUUCCUUUAUCAAUGCAGCCGUGGUCGAAUCCGUGCAACAAGGAGCAGCCAUUUCGCUUGGUCUAUCGAACGCUACCUAUUCGAAUCCCCCAUCUAACAAAUGGGCCCAAUUCUUCAAUCAACGCAAAAAUGGAAGACUGACUGAUCGACCGUUGAGCGUUGCUGACUGGGAUGACAGCAGUCGGGUAUGGGGUGAAUAUGGCAAAGUCGUUCCCUGGUUUGCGGCCACCCACAAAGAAGGAAUCGACAUGGUUGCGCAUCACAGAACUAUAUCGAGGUUUGAUGAUACACCGACGUACAAUUCUAUGGGUAUUAAGAAUCUAACGAUUCGCCUUUUCAUCAGGACCUCGUCGUUAACAAACCCAGCCAUACCAUUGCUGGCGGAGGCAAUCAUAGACUGGAUGACCGAUGUCACAGACGCAGAAGCUAGCAGCUUCGUGGCAGAUAUGGCCUGGAGAUUCGCCUCAAUUGAGUUCUAUAACGACGAGAGGGACGCUGUGGUUCACCUCGACGCCGUCGUGAACAUUCUAGAGCAUUUCUGGGCAGCAUUUCAUGCUAAGGCCCAACCAGCUGUCACCAGCAAAAUUGCAAACCCUGAGUCGGUGUUAAAAGCAGCCGUCAAAUUGUGGCUCUCACCAACCUGGCGACAUUUUGACUGA